UAGAGUGGGAUGAAACAAACAAAAUUAACUUUCCCUUUUCAAUAAUAAUGUUUGAUCCUUAUUGUUCACAAAAUAAUGAAAUAUUCUUUAAUAUUUCUGAUUGUGUACCUCCAAAUCAACUACUAGGUGAUCAAAUAAUCCCAUCAUUAGAACAACAUAAUGAUCUUGAUAAUCUCCUUAAUCAAAUUCCAACUCUUGUCGAAGAUCCUAAUCGAAGUAAACGACCAUUAGCAUCAAAGUUAACAUCCAUUGAUCAUGAUCAAGGUAAUGAUGACUUGAAUCCUAAUGAUAUUAAGAAAAGGCAGAAGAUUAUUCAUAGAGAAAUUGAGCGAAAACGAAGACUUGAAAUGUCUUCUCUUCAUGCAUCUUUAAAGUCUCUUCUUCCUCUUGAAUGUAUUAAGGGGAAACGAUCGAUGUCGGAUCAUUUGGGAGAGGCAGAGAAGUACAUAAAGCAAAUGCAACAAAAAUUGCAAGUACUGAAUGACAAAAGAGAUGAUCUUAGAAAGGAAAUGUCCAAUUAUAAAAGAAUUGAAUAUGAAAAUGAUGUUAAAGUGAAUGUUUUCAAAGGAAGCAUAGAGGUGAUUGUUUGCACAAAGGAAGAUGAUGGGUUGCCUCUAUCAAAAGUGCUUCAAUGUUUAGACCAACAAGGGUUUGAUGUGGUCAACUCUAUUUCAAAGAAAGUCAACGCCAAUUUUGUUCACUCCGUUCAUGCUCAGGUUGGAGAUGAGACCAACAUCAAUAUUGCUGUAUCAAAUCUGAAGAAAAUAUUAGCUGAUAUCCGGAGAUGAAGGUUUUGGAAAUCUUAAUUAAUUUGGUCUUAUUCUUAACUUGUUAUUUAAUGUGAGCUCAAUCAAUAAUGCAAUAUAUCGAUUCUGUUCUGUCAGAAGAAAAAUAAAUGGAUCUGCCGGUUUAAUUUUAUCGGUGAUGAUAAGGGUCGUAAGUUGCGACAACAUUUAGUUGUUGCAAUCUUACGUAUCGCAGUUUAAUUGGUACAUAUAUGCGCCACGUAGACUAUCCGUCAUCAGAAUAUUUUACUACCAAUUCAAUAUUUUUACUAUGAAAAUAUGUAAAUAAUGAAGUCGAUAUAAAGAAGGAAACAAAUUAGAAUAUUAAGAUUUUCUUACCCUUUUAUGAAACAUGUAUAAUAGGUUAUGUAAGUUAAAUAUUUUAGUUUUCAAUUUAUAUCAUGCCACGUAAAUAUGCCAUGUCAUCAUUGUGACACGGCUUAAAGGUCGCAUGUUGCUACCUUUAUCAUUUUCGUAAUUUUAUUAUUUUUCUUUAGCAAUUGGAAACUCCAUAAACAGAAUUAAUGACAAAAAAAAAAGAAAAACUUUAAGGAUUUCAGAAUUCACUGACUAUUGACAGAAGGGGCAGACAGGGAAUCAUGUGGCGAUGAGAUAAUUUUUUUUAACCCAGUAGGUUAACUAUCCAUAUUAUGUGGUUACAAUUAGGUUAAUCACAAAAUGAGUCAAUAAUUCACUCAUUAUUUGAAUGUGAGGUGGUUCUAGCAAUCUUGGCAUAAUUCGCUAGCUAACAACCUGGUGGGGAGAUGGCUAUGGCUAUGGCUAACAACCUGGUGGAGAGAUGGCCAUAGUCCACCUUCUAAAUUGCGCCAAAAAUUAGUGCCAGCCCAAAUUUAACUUGAUUAAAAAAAGUUACUUGCCGAUGAAUGACAAUUUUUAUAUCCCUCAAUGAGAUCUUGACUUAGGGGUAAAGACUGAAAAUCCAUAUACAAUAGGUUUGAAAUUUAAAUCCCCGUCUCUAGACAUGUCAAACGGGUCGGAUGGAUCGGUCGGGUUGGGUUGUAAAAAAUUAUUUUCGGAUUGAAUCGGGUCGAUCCCUUUCGGGUUCGGGUUUACAAAUGCUUGUUCAAGACCCAGAACUUUCGGGUUCCGGUCGACCCAGCGGGUUUUAAAACGCACAUUAUAUUUCAUUUAGGUGAUAAAUAUACAAAAUAUGGGCACAAAUUAACAAAUUUUCCUACACAAGUUUAUAUUUAGUCAAAUUAUAUCAUAAAAUGACGUAUAAUCAAAAUUAAAAUCAUAUUACACACAACAAUAGUAAAAAUAACGUGUCUAUUAUGCUUAAAUUUUCUCAUAAUCUCAUUUAUUACAAUAAAUACAAUGAUUUUCAAUUGGUCGGGUCCAAAACGGGCCCGGUCGAGUUUUCUCCCAUUCCUUUCGGGUUGCUUUGGUUCAGAUAAAAUCGGAUUACGCGUCACAAAAUCUUGUUCAGUACCCAAUAUUUUUGGAUCGAGUUCGGGUCAGUUUUCAAGUCGGGUCAAUUAUUAUCGGUUUUUUCAUGAAAUGCCCCUGAGGUUUGCAAAAACGCACCAAAUACCCUCGCGUCUUUUGAAUCACAUAAUAUACCCCUAUUUUUUCAUACUGUUCAUGAGAUGCACUUGGAGUUAACGGACGUUAGUCCUCCGUUAGCUGCAGUUUACCAUUUUGCCCUUAAUAUAUAUUUUUCGACCUAAAAUCAAAAAAAAAAAAAAAUCUCAAACUUCUCUCCAAACUCUUCCUUCGAUUCCCUAACCUCAAACAUAUCUCCCUUUCCGAUUUCCAUGGCGAACCCACUUCAAUUCUUCAAUUCAUUUCACUUUCCCUGGCCUAUCUAAUCACACCGAUUUCCCUUCGAAUUCGAUUCAACAAUUUCCCAAUUCAUCUCUCAAGUCGAUUAAAUCGCUCAAGUUGCACAAUUUUUCAAUUGUUACUGAUUCCGAUUUGGGGGUUAUUUCCCAGUUCAUCACAAAUUUGGAGGAGUUGGAUGUAAGUAAUCCAAAGGAUGAUUACUGCGUUACUGGUGUUUCUGGUGGUGGUGGUGCUGCUUUAGGGAUCACUGAUGAAGGCGUUGAUUUGAUUGCUUCGAAGCUCCCUCAUCUCAGAAAAGUUAAUUUGUCUAGUAAUUACUUCAUUUCUGAUAAAUCUCUUAUUAAUCUUUCUGAGAAAUGCUUAAAUUUGGAGGAGAUUAUAGUAAACAAUUGCAAUUUCGUGACUCAAACUGGGUUUGCUUUGCUUUACAAAAUUGCCAGAAUUUGAAUUCUAUAUCUGUUCUAGGGAUGGAUUUGGUUUUUUGAGGUUUAGUUCUGAACAUUUCAACCGUAUAUGGGGAUCAGAUUCAACAGGGGAUAGUGCUGUUGAAUUAGAUACAGUUCCUGCAAUGUAUGGAAUAGUUCUCAAGUUCUCAUCCUCAGCUCCAUAUGGUUCUAUACCAUCAUAUCAUAUCCCAUUUCUUCUUGGCGAAUCGGCUUUUGAGAUCCCCCACAAGAAAGAGUCAUUGGACAUUGUCCCAGCUGGAAUUCAGUCCAAUGAAAAGUCAGUUUCUAGUUCACUUGUUACCAUUGAAUUGGAACCCCGAGAACCUGUGCCAGGUCUUGUGGAUGUUUCCAUUAACGCGAAUGCAGAAAAUGGUCAGGUUGUUAAUGGGAAGCUUCAGGGGGUCUCAGUUGGCAUCGAGGACAUGUUUCUCAAGGCUGCUGCCCCAACUGAGAUUCUAGAAGACACAGUUCCAGGAUAUUACUCCGCCCUUUUUGAUGCUUUGUGGGAGGUAUGUGGUGCCUCUUCCAGUGCAGGUCGGGAAACAUUUUCACUAAAAGGAGGUAAGGGGUUUGCAGCAAUCCAUGGAACACAAUCAGUUAAGCUUCUCGAAGUUCCUUCAACCUUAGCAAUUCGUGUUGUUGAAAGAUAUUUAGCCCCCUUUGUUGUUGGUGUGAUUGGUAGACCUCUGGUGGAGGUUGUGAAGGACGGUGGCUUAAUCCAGGAUGUGGCAUGGAUAGAUAUGUUUUCAGGUUCUGCUAAUGAGAAUAACUCGGUUGCGAAUUUUGAUGGUGGUCCACUAUAUUUGACAUACUUUGAAAAUGAAGAUGGUAAGAUCAACAUUGGUAAGACAAACAUGGGUUGCUUUCUUGUGUUGAUAUUCCUACCACCCAGGUAUCAUCUUCUCUUUCGGAUGGAAGUUUCUGAUAUUUCAACAUUGGUCCGAAUUAGAACAGAUCACUGGCCUUGUUUAGCCUACAUUGAUGAUUAUUUGGAAGCUCUUUUUUCUUUGUAACCGGGGUUAGUCUUUUCUGCUGCUAUAUACUCAUUCCAUUGAGAAAGGAGUAUGUUCUGUUC